UCAUAAUGUUAGUACCGCUUCUUAAAUAGAGUUGUAGGUAUGUUUCAAUGUUGUUUUGAAUUAUUGACAUUAUCUAAAUGGAGCCGGAGAGAAAUGAGGGUAAAACGAUGCGAGCUCAGAAACACAACAACAGGGAUAAAUGGAUGUCUCUCACCCCCAUGGUCAACAGCUGCAAGUUGCACAUCACUGCUGCCAAAGCAACCGAGAGAGCCCAGAGGAUGACUGAAUCUCAAGAUCUUGUAAAAGAGACGAACAUGAAUCACGGCCAAACAAUGAAUCAUUUUUACCAAGAGAGAAGGUUGCAUUCUUCCAGAAGACUUGUCCACACUCCUCCAGUGCCAACAUUUGCCAGCGACUGUACAGACUCCCCUCUACAUAAUCUAGUGCCAUUAGCCUGUGUUGCUCAAAGUGGUUUGGAUGCAGUUUCACAUUCCUCACAAGAUGCAAGAGGAAAGUCUAGGAGGCCAACCAAGUCUGCAGGGGCCACUUUCUACCGUAAUGCCUUAAACCUUGCCAAGCCUGCAGGUGGUUCUGGAGGAUAUAAUGCAGUUCCUGGUAAUGCCUUCACUCAAUUACCCGGUGACAGCUUUGUUUCCAAUUUUCAACGAAUCGACUUGGACAGGCGCUGUCUGGAGGAAUGCCCCCAGCUGGGCAGUAUGGAUGAACUCCAGCUUCUCAACCUCCAGCACAAUCUAAUCACAAAGGUUCUGCAUCUGUCACAUCUGCAGCAGCUGGUUUUCCUGAACCUGUACGACAAUCACCUCUCUGAGAUGACUGGCAUCGAAUCUCUAAGCUCUCUCAGGAUCCUCAUGCUGGGGAAGAACAGAAUCCAUAAGAUCUGCUGCCUGGAAAGCCUCUCCAAACUGAACAUCCUGGAUUUACAUGACAAUCAGAUCUGCAGGAUAGAAAGCGUGUCUCAUCUGAGCGAGCUGCGAGUGUUGAACCUGGCAGGAAACAGCGUCUGCAGAGUGGAGAACCUGCAGGGUCUGCACCGCCUCACUGAACUCAACCUGCGACACAACCGCAUCUCCGCUGUGACUGAGGUGGACCUCCUGCCCUGCUUGCAGUGCCUCUUUCUCAGCUGCAACAUCAUCACCAGUGUCGAUCAGCUAGCCUGCCUCGGAGAGUCGCGCUCCCUUUCUGAGCUCACCCUGGAUGGGAAUCCUGUAGCCCUGGAGACAUGGUACAAGCAGGCCGUCCUGCGCUGUGUGCUUCAUCUGAAACAGCUGGACAUGAAGCGCAUCACAGACGAGGAUCGGCGCAUGGCUGGUGUACAGGCUCGAAAGGAGGAGGAGAGGAAGAGGGAGGGUCACAAGCAGACCAUUCAUAAGGAGAAGCGGCGUCUGGCGAUCCGUAAUGCGGCGCAGCAGUGGGAGGGGGUCAGGGCCAGCCUGGAGCUGCCACCAACAAAUGCUGCUAAAGAGGAAGUGAGUCCAGAGAACAGCCCCGCCCACAGCCCCGCGCAGACCAAUGGCCUCGCACAGGAACCGUCUCCAGAUGAACCCAGGCGGGUCAGCCCAGGUUCAGGACCAGAGCGACCGCCAAUGGGAAUGGAGAACAGACUCCGGACCAACAGCCGUCCAAACAGCCCACGGGAUCCAAAGCUGGUGGAGGCGGGCAGUGUGCAGAGCCUCUCUCUCUCCGACAGUCACCUGGCGGAGCUGGACGGAGACACGCUGCGGUUGUUCGGCCCCGGAGCCCUGGAGGCCCUGGAGCGAGGCUGGGGGGUCCAGACCGCCAGCGCUGUCACUGUUAUAACUUUCCGCUACAUCAACUUUGACGCCAUCAUACCAACACUGCCGCGAAUAAGGGUCAAGUUCCCCAAUCUAUCGCACAUGAUCUUCCAGGAAACCAACAUCUGUCGUCUGCCUCAGCUGGCGGCUCUGGCUCAGGUGAGGCGUCUGGACCAGCUGACCAUCCACGAGGGGGGGAACCCGGUGGCCAGCCUGGCUCUGUGGCGCUCCUUCCUCAUCUACCGCCUGCACCACUUCAACUUGCAGAGGAUCAACGGCCAGGAGGUGACCAUGAACGAUGUGAUCGCUGCAGAGCGUGUGUUUGGGACUCUGGGUCAUAUAGCAGCCACUGAAACUCCUCGCUGCCGCCUCCUCCUGCUGCUGGAGGUGUCCAGGAAGCGCCAGCUGCAGUUCCUGUUGGAGGGGCGCGGCCGGCGUGCAGGACUGAGUCCGGAGGAGCUGCGGGACAACGGGAAGCUGCUGGGAGAAGGCCUGAGCCGAGCGCUGUUCAACUACCCCAGCAGAGACUGCAGCGCUGCAGAGAGCCCGGAGGAGGGCACUGUGGAGUCGUCGGAUCGCGCCGCCAUGAUACAGCAGUACCUCCAGGAUCUGGUCCAAAGGGCGUCAGAGACCAACCUGAAGGGGGAGGCCCUGCACAAGCUGUGGCCCUCCAUGUUCGCAGAGAUGGUGAGGGACAGUGUGUUGGAGAUGAGGGACCAAGCGGCCUUCCGGAAAACCAGCCUUGCCAAACUCUCCGGGACCAAGUGAAGAGGACUGAGGUUCUACACUACGACCACACACACAUGUGGACAAACCAUUAUUAACACAUCAUCACUCGGUGACUAAUCACUAUCAGUUAUUGAAAUGGUUGGAAUCAGAAAGUGUGUGGGGAGAUCUUUCAGAUGGAAAUAUGUAGAUUGUUUAAAAGAAGAAAUGAUCGUGAUUGAAUGUAGAUUUUCACUCAAAGCUCGGAGCUGUAACAUACUUGAAGAAAGUCAAAGGGACGUAUGGACUCACAGUGCAUUGUGGUCCUCUGCACUUUAAAAAUCUUUCUGAAUGACCCCCCCCCUCCGCACCAUUACUGUCAUCAGCUGAAAAUGACCGGCGUCUCUUUUGUCGAGACCAGAAUGAUUUUUCAUGUCUCAAUUAACGUGUCAUGCAUCUCACUUUCUCCUGCCUGACGAGGACCUUCCUUUGUUUACCACUGAUUUUUCUGUAUUGUACUUAGAAUUAAACAAUUCUGUAUUAACACUCA